AUGGCAUCUGACUUCUGGGCCGGUUAUCUCAGUGGCGCCCUCGGGAUUGUCAUUGGGAACCCUUUGGACAUAGUCAAAGUCCGAUUGCAAGCGGGUGAAUCUACUCAUGCUGCGGCAGCUCAGCUAAACCACUUCGAGAAGCUCAGUUCGCUGAUCCGAGGUGCAGCAGCUCCAAUCCUUGGAUAUGGAGCCCUCAAUGCUAUCCUUUUUGUGGCCUACAACCGUUCGUUAAAGAUAUUAGACCCCACCAUCACCGACCCCACCAAUUUGGCUGAGGUGCCAUUGUAUAAGAUCUGGGCUGCAGGAGCUGCAGGCGGCCUGGCAAGCUGGACCAUCUCAUCUCCGACCGAGUUUAUCAAGUGCCGGGCUCAGCUUGACACUCGCUCUGAAGUCUCGUCCUGGUCAGUUACCAAAGAUAUCUGCCGUCGCCGGGGCUGGCGAGGUUUAUACUAUGGCGGCGGCAUCACAGCCGCGAGAGAUGCAAUUGGCUACGGAUUCUAUUUCUGGUCAUAUGAGCUCUGUAAAGGCUUGAUGACAUCUGAGGAUGAAAGCUCACAGCAAGCGGCACUCAAGGUUCUGCUUAGUGGUGGCAUUGCGGGGAUUGUGACAUGGGGUUCAGUGUUUCCACUGGAUAUGAUCAAGACUAGACUGCAGGCCCAGACUAUUCAUGAUCGUGCGCACGAAACACCCAUUGAAAGCCAGCGGCCUCUUUUAGGAGCGGCACGCCCUGAGCGUUCUUCGUUUCAAAUCGCUAGAGAAAUUUAUCACGCCGAAGGAUUGAAGCCAUUCUAUCGUGGUCUUGGAGUCUGCAGCAUCCGGGCCUUCGUAGUGAAUGCAGUUCAGUGGGCGGCAUACGAAUGGCUCAUGAAGAAAUUGAAUGGCAAUUAG